CCGAGCUGUCCACCUCUAAUCCCGUCAGUCCUCCAGCCAAGAAAAUAACAACCUGCCUGCUCCCGCUCACAACGCAACAGUAAGCAAGGCAUGGUGGCUGAGCCAGGGUCAGCAUGCCGGUCUUCUACACGCCUUUACCCAGGAACAUACGCCUGGGCCUGGCCAACCUCAGUGGCUCAGUGUUUGCCAACAACAGGACCAGAGAUAGCUACGAUUUCAGGGACAAUAGUGACAAAGCAGACAAUGAGGUGGUGGCCCAUUUACCUCUGCAGAUGUUGAUGUACUUCAAUAUGUAUUUCUUUCCCUUCUGGUGGACCUCAGAGAUGGUCAUGCUGGAGUUAAAGUUUUCUCUGUUGCCAGCCUACUACCAGUGCCUUCUCGUGACAGGCGUGGUUCUUCUGACAAUCUUUGAGAUCAUGAGAAUCUACCUGGGUUAUGUUGGCAACCUAGAAGAAAAGGUGCCAGAGCUGGCCGGCUUCUGGCUCCUCACCUUCUUCUUCCAGCUGCCCAUCCUGCUGUUCUUCGUGACCGACGAGGGCAUCCUCAUCGCCCCUCUGGAGCGGGCCGUGCACGCCAUCUACCUGCUCUUCGUGCUGACCGAGACGCUGGCCUCCUUCCUGGCGCUGCGCGACAUGAGCCGCAAGCUCACGCUGCAGUUCCACCUGCGCCAGUUCGCCGAGGUCGAGAGCCUGCACCCCAUGGACAUGGCCCACGCCUUUGCCACCUCCUACUAUGGCAGGAGCGUGCUGCCCAUGCCCACGGUCGACGACAUGCUGCCCCACUGAGCGGCGAAAGCUAAAUGGCCGUCAGGGGGCAACCAGACGAUGAGAUGAUGGGGCUUACAGGGUCGAUUAUAAGGGGAUAAAAAUGCCAUCUAAAAGAUUAAUUACCUCGUUAAGAGAUUAAUGCCUCCCCUGGGAGAGACAUGCCAUCACUAUGACUGUGGUAUGCUAAUCAACCUUUUGGUCCAUCAGGCUCGUAGAAGUAGAUGGAGAGGAGUGUGCUAGCAUGCUGUCUCUCCACUUGGGGGCACUAAAGGGUUGUAUCCUUGAAUAUUUUUGUAUCUGCUGCUAUGCCACAAUUUGUCAGGGAUUUAUUUGACAUGACAGAUGUAUUCCCUUGUUGUUGAUUUGUGAGCUGCAGUACGAUUUCCUACCCUUUUGUACUACAUAUUUUAAUACUAACGAGUAAAACGAGGUCUGGUGUUGUAAUCACUCAUAAAUGCUAACAGUAGAUAGGUAGCCACAUCCUAAAUUCUUGCUAAAAUGGCUCUGCAAUUAAGAAAUAAGAUUUGAAUUCCCCAAGAUAUCAAACUGGCUGAAAUGUAAUAACAUUGAUGUAUGAUAACUGUAAUAUCUAUGAAAACUUUUCACCUCACAUUUGUUCAGAGUGCAAUUUACAUAAUAUGCUCACGGCCAAACAGCGGAAAUAUGAAUCUAUCUGGCACAAGAACACUCAAAUCUGAUUUCACACAUUUCUGAGAACUUUCACAACCAUACUGAUAUGGUAAUUUCAUCCAAACUAGAAUGUUAUUGAAAUUGGUUUGUUGAACCUUUGUACUCUAUUCCAAAAUCACAAGUUCUUGUCAAUAUUCGAAACAGUAAUCAUGAGUAAUAUUGUACUAAUGUUUAAAGAAAACUGGGGGAAAAAAUGAUUGACUGUUCCUGGCCUUAAUUAGCUGAGGUUCUACUCACUCAAAUUACCCUUCAUAGGCCUAUUCAUAAACUUAGGAACAGGCUUUUAUUUUGAAAUGCCAUCUUGGCAAGACGGACAGAUGAAUAAACAGUUGGACGUAACAGUAUGCCUUAAAGAGUAACUCCACCCCCAGCUCUGAGCCUAACUCCACCCCCAGCUCAGAGCCUAACUCCACCCCCAGCUCUGAGCCUAACUCCACCCCCAGCUCUGAGCCUAACUCCACCCCCAGCUCUGAGCCUAACUCC